AUGAUUUCCUCAUCGUGAUUGAUGCUGCCGUUUGCGCCGAUUCCCCUGUUGAGUCGGCGUUGCAGUCAUGUUUAUUUCCGCUGAUUCCAAACUAAAAAUAUAUAAACGUUAACACACUGCUGGCAUCUUUGAUUGGGCUGACUCGAUCACAGCUGUCGGGGCUGGCAUCGCCGGGAGGGAUGGCACUGCGUUGGACGCUAUCCGAGUGUGUGUUUGUCUUCGACGGUCUAAUAAAUGAGGAUUUUAAUUAGCCGAUAACACGAGCGGUGUUGAUAUUUAGGCGUUCCUGUCGUGGGUGAGACUGAAUCUGCACUGUCGCGGAAUGGAAAAACGCGUCUGGUUUGAAGACCUCUGAUCCUAUUGGCUCUUCGGUCAGUCAGCUGACAUCCUGAGGAAGGAGAAACCAGCGGCAGACGAGGAGUUUACACUUGCGCCGCUUCCCUGCUCGGCAACAAGCGUCAUGUCUCUAGCCAGCAGCAGCCCAGAGCGAGAGGGCUCCGGCCUGGCUCCCACACACCUCGACUGCUCCUCUUCCCCUCCUGGUUUGGAUCCAGAUCCCCUGUCGACGGGCAGUCCGGUCCUCAGCCCGGACUCCUCUUCCCAUGAUGCGGCGCUGUCAGCGCCCGCAAUUUCUCCGGCAGACUCCGAGAACCUCAGUCCAGAUGAACUGGAGCUGCUGGCUAAACUGGAGGAACAGAACAGGUUACUGGAGGCCGAUUCAAAGUCCAUGCGCUCCAUGACGGGCUCACGGCGCAACAGCGGCUCUUCGCUGGUGUCGAGCUCCUCGGCCUCCUCGAAUCUGUCCCACCUGGAGGAGGACACCUGGAUCCUCUGGGGCCGCAUUGUCAACGAAUGGGAAGAGUGGAGACGCAAGAAGGACAAGCUCCUCAAGGAGUUGAUCCGGAAGGGCAUUCCUCAUCACUUCCGGGCCAUUGUGUGGCAGUUGCUGGGCAACGCCACAGACAUGCCGGUGAAGAAUCAGUACUCGGAGCUGCUCAAGAUGUCAUCCCCAUGCGAGAAGUUGAUCCGCAGAGACAUUGCCCGCACCUACCCCGAACACGAAUUCUUCAAAGGUCAGGACAGUUUGGGCCAGGAGGUCCUCUUCAAUGUCAUGAAGGCAUACUCUCUUGUGGAUCGAGAGGUGGGCUACUGCCAAGGCAGUGCAUUCAUUGUUGGCCUGCUGCUCAUGCAGAUGCCCGAAGAAGAGGCGUUUUGCGUCUUUGUGCGUCUGAUGCAGGAAUACCGUCUGCGAGAGCUCUUCAAACCCAGCAUGGCUGAACUGGGACUCUGCAUCUACCAGUUUGAAUAUCUGCUACAGGAACAACUUCCAGAGCUUAACGUCCAUUUCCGGUCCCAGAGUUUUCAUACGUCCAUGUACGCUUCAUCUUGGUUCCUCACGCUCUUCCUCACGUUUCUCCCUUUGCCCGUCGCCACGCGCAUAUUUGAUAUUUUUAUGUAUGAGGGCCUUGAGAUCAUCUUCCGUGUGGGCAUGGCCAUUCUGCAGUACAACCAGACGGACCUCAUUCAGCUGGACAUGGAGGGCAUGUCACAGCAUUUUCAGAAGGUGAUCCCCCACCAGUUUGACAGCUGCCCAGACAAGCUGAUCCUCAAGGCAUACCAGAUCAAGUACAACCCCAAGAGAAUGAAGAAGCUGGAGAAAGAAUAUACAACCAUCAAGAACAAAGAAAUGGAGGAGCAAAUUGAGAUUAAGAGGUUGCGCACAGAAAAUAGGCUGCUGAAACAACGGAUUGAAACCCUAGAGAAGGAGAGUGCUGCUCUGGCAGAUAGACUCAUCCAGGGCCAGGUGACCAGGGCGCAGGAAGCCGAGGAGAACUAUGUGAUUAAGCGCGAGCUGGCGGUGAUGAGGCAGCAGUGCAACGCAGCCAGUGAGGGUCUGGAGAAGGCGCAGGACACCAUUCGAGAGCUGCAGCAACAAAAGUACACGGAGCCGUUUGUGAGCAGUCUGCAGACGGAGCUGGAGCAGUCCAAGCUGCGUGAGGCCGAGCUGCUGGGGGCCAUGAAGGAACUGCAAGACAAGGUGCUCGAUUUGGAGAAGCGGAGCAGCUGUUUGCCCGAUGAAAACAACAUGGCGGCUUUGCAGGAGGAGGUGAAGCAAAUGAAGCUGAGGGAACUGGAGACGCUGCGCUCAUUCAGAGAGAUGCAGGACUCUGUCACAGAGCUCAACCAGCGCUGGCAGCAUCACAUGUCCCGCAGUGGCAGCACAGGUAGCGGCGGCAGCCACUGGAAGGAAUCGCCAAAGAAGAACGCCAUGAAUGAGUUACAAGAUAAGCUGAUGACUGUCCGCCUUAGGGAGGCGCAGGCACAGGCUGAGCUGCGAGAGGUCAAACUGAAGGCCGUGCAGCUGGAGAGCCAGAAUACAAUCCACAGCAAACUGAUCGGGCGCCAUGAGCAGGAGCGCUCGGCCCUCCAGGAUCGUCUCCAGAUGUUAUCCAAUCAGAACAAAGCUCUUCAGGCCCAGCUCAACGAGAUGAAACGGAAGCAGGCCGAAUGGGACUGCAAGAGUAAAGAGGAGGUGAUGGCCGUACGACUGAGGGAAGCCGACAGCAUGGCCGCCAUGGCCGAGCUCAGGCAGAAGAUAGCUGAACUCGAAAUACAGAAGGAGGAAGGACUGAUCCAAGGCCAGCUCAACCACUCUGACUCCAGGCAGUACAUCAACCGGCUUCGGGACCAGAUCACUGAACUCAAGAAUGAGAUCAGGCUAUUGCGAGGUCAGAAGGCCGGGGCCCCGGGUUCCAGGCUCACCACCAUGGGCGCAAACUACCAGGAUCUUUGCCUGGCCAGCCCCGCCUCGGUUGAGGGUGACUACCUAAGCUCUGACGAGGACCUCCUCCACAGCCCGCUGCCCCCCAACGCCCUUUACCCGGCCAUACCGGGCCCAUGUCACCCUUCCACCCGCCUGGACAGCGAAGGCAGCACGGACAGCGAGGCGGAGGAGCGGACACACCCGGAUCCCCCGCAGCUGUACGGCAGUAUGGUGUGCGCAGAGGCCAUGGAGAACUGAUGAGCACUGAUCGGUUACUUUGGCAACGCUGAUGGAGAGAAUCUCACCAAAGUGAGUGCAUCCUCCUCCCAUUUUUGUAAAUAUUUCAUAAAUAUCCUUUCACGGGACAACACCGAAGAAAUGACGCUUCUCUACAAUGUCAAGUAGUCCAUGUGCAGCUUGUGGCAGAGAACUCAUUUUAGCGCACUUCACAGUAAUCAGCAAUUCGGCAAAGACAAAACAAUUUAUCAGAAAAGAGUCUUGAAGCGAUUUAAUGUCCCACUCAGUUGAAGUUUACUGUCUUGAGUAAAAAGGAAAAAAAAAAGAGAGAAGUAUGCAUUGUGUAUUGAAAACAAGCAAACAGCUUUGCUACCAAUGUGGCCUUAAGGACCAACCUGCCCCCCUAAUGGUAACAUCAUGGAAAAUGCCAUUGUUUUCAGUGGUGUUAACUAGCCGUUGGAGCUAGCUACCCCAAAAAAAAAAAAAAGAGAGAGAGAGAGAGAGAGAGAGAGAGAAAAAAGGUGGGUACGGUCCCGGCCGAAAAGUUCAACGGUAGCCAGGUCAAGUCCGCAGAGAAAAAUAGAGUAUUUUUGUUUGGAUUAGAGUUGCAAGUAGAAACAAAAAAGUGUGCCGCUGGCAAAUGCUACAACCGGUAACGAGCUAACUUAAAAAAUACAUUCUGUGAGUAUUUUGCAUUUUGCCUCAGAAUCGCCGGUCAUGGCUUCCAGCUGAGUGGUUUGUUCUGCCGCCAGCAGUUUCGGGCUAAGGGCUUUGUCAUUUUGAAUGAGUCGUAAAUAGACACUGUUAUACAAGCUGUUCACUCACUACAUUGUAGGAAAGUGCAAUUAUUUUCAGUGUAGUCCCCCCCAAAAAAAUUAAAAAAAUUGAAAAUAUUUUCAAAAGUGUACGGUAUGUGAUGCACUCCUUUUGUGAGAUACUUUACCCGUUUGAAGACCUGGACUUUGAAAGCUGUCCUCGACUCCAGCACAUAUCCAAACCCAACACACAAAAUAGACUGACAUGGGCCUGCAAAGGCCGCUCCUCUUAAAUGUCUUGAUGAUGUGAGAUGAGGUGGCAGCCCAUAUCAAACUCUCCUUUUUGAUUGAGUUCGAAUGUCGGAGAGCACCGUUGGCACAUCAGUCCUGGCUUGCCUUCACAACAAAAGGUCUAUCUGCCGUGCGUGGGGCUCUCUCGCGCUCAUCAAAACAGGCCCAGGCAGCUGCAAAGUAACAUCCUCACAUCACCAAAUGGCAUCCAUGCACCCAUCGCCUCCAUUUCACCGUGUUCAACACAUGCAGAACGUUCAGAGUGUGAAAAUAUUGAAGACAAAAAAAA